ACAAAUUUAAGUAAUUUUCAAAGGAGUAGUACUAUGAGAAGGAGCUUAAGGGUUAGUAGAAAUAACUCAAUUUGGAGAAAUAAUAAUAAUGUAUUUAAUAGAUCAUCAAGAAUAGAUGAAGAUGAUGAAGAGGAACUUAAAUGGGCUGCACUUGAAAAGUUACCAACUUUUGAUAGAUUAAGAAAAAGACUAUUAUUUGGUGAACAAGGCGUUGGAGCUAAUGAAGUUGAUAUACAUGAUCUUGGUAAUCAACAAAGUAAAGAUUUGAUUGAUAGGCUUGUUAAAGUUGCUGAUGAAGAUAAUGAGAAAUUCUUGUUGAAACUCAGAGAUAGAAUUGAUAGAGUUGGGCUUGAGUUGCCAACAAUAGAAGUGAGAUAUGAGCAUCUAAAUAUUGUAGCAGAUGCAUAUGUAGGAAGCAAAGCUUUGCCUACAUUUACCAACUUCAUGACAAAUUUUCUUGAGACAAUGUUGAACUCUCUCCAUAUCCUACCAAAUCGAAAGCGGGAACUCACUAUUCUUAACGAUGUGAGCGGUAUCAUUAAUCCUAGCAGAUUGACUUUGCUUUUAGGACCUCCUGGUUCUGGCAAAACUGCUCUCUUAUUAACUUUGGCUGGAAAGCUUGAUUCUUCUCUUAAGGUUACUGGGAAGGUGACGUAUAAUGGACAUGAAAUGAAUGAGUUUGUGCCACAAAGAACUGCUGCUUACAUUAGCCAGCAUGAUUUACACGUUGGAGAAAUGACUGUGAGAGAAACCUUGGAAUUCUCUGCCCGAUGCCAGGGAGUUGGCUCUCGUUAUGAGAUGUUGGCUGAAUUGUUAAGAAGAGAGAAAGAGGCUAAUAUCAAGCCAAUUCCUGAUAUUGAUAUCUUCAUGAAGGCAGCAGCAACAGAGGGACAGGAGGCUAAUAUUAUUACAGAUUAUGUUCUUAAGCUUCUGGGGCUGGAAAUUUGUGCAGAUACUAUGGUUGGAGAUGAAAUGAUAAGGGGUGUUUCAGGAGGACAAAAGAAGCGUGUUACAACGGGUGAAAUGAUUGUCGGACCGUGCAAAGCACUUUUCAUGGAUGAAAUUUCUACUGGAUUGGAUAGUUCGACUACUUAUUCCAUUGUGAACACUCUAAGGCAAUCUGUGCAAAUCUUGAAUGGGACUGCUGUGAUAUCUCUCUUGCAGCCAGCACCUGAGACCUACAGUUUGUUCGAUGAUAUUAUUCUUUUAUCAGACGGGCAAAUUAUCUAUCAGGGCCCUCGAGGAGAUGUUCUUGCCUUCUUUGAGUCCAUGGGUUUCAAAUGCCCAGAUAGAAAAGGCGUGGCCGACUUCUUGCAAGAAGUGACAUCGAAGAAGGAUCAACAACAGUAUUGGAUGAGGAGGGAUGAGCCUUACGGGUUCAUCACAUCGAUAGAAUUUGCGGAGGCAUAUCAAGCAUUCCAUGUGGGAAGGAAACUUUGGGAUGAGGUUGCAGCCUCAUAUGACAAGAGCAAAAGUCAUCCUGCUGCUCUGGCUACUCAAAAGUACGGUAUAGGGAAGAAACAACUCCUAAAGGCCUGCAUUGAAAGAGAAUUCUUGUUAAUGAAGAGGAACUCGUUUGUGUACAUCUUCAAGUUCACUCAGCUUUUAACUAUGGCACUCAUCACGAUUACCUUGUUUUACCGAACUGAUAUGCCCCGUGAUACUAUCGAUGAUGGGGAAAAAUAUGUUGGUGCACUCUUUUUUGCGGUUGUAAUAAUUAUGUUUAAUGGAGGGUCUGAGAUCGCCUUGACAGUUUUUAAGCUCCCUGUCUUCUACAAGCAACGGGACCUUCUCUUUUACCCUUCAUGGGCUUAUGCAAUUCCCUCAUGGAUACUCAAAAUCCCUAUAACAUUCGUUGAAGUUGGUCUGUGGGUGUUCCUUCCUUACUACGUCAUUGGAUUUGAUCCGAACCCUGCAAGAUUGUUCAAACAUUUCUUGCUACUCAUAUUGGUAAACCAGAUGGCAUCGGGAUUGUUCCGCUUCGUUGGAGCAGCUGGAAGGACCAUGGGAGUUGCUAAUACAUUUGGAUCAUUUGCUCAGGUUUUACAGUUUGUAUUGGGUGGAAUCAUCCUUUCACAAGAUGACUUGAAGAAAUGGUGGAUAUGGGGUUACUGGUCUUCACUUUUGUAUUCUAUGAAUUCAAUUCUUGUGAAUGAAUUUGAUGGGAAAAGGUGGAAACAUAUCGCACCAAAUGGAACUGAGCCACUUGGAGCUGCAGUUGUAAGAUCUAGAAGCUUCUUCUCAUACGCAUCGUGGUACUGGAUAGGUAUUGGGGCACUUAUUGGAUUCACAGUCGUAUUUAACAUCUGCUAUACUCUUGCACUCGCCUAUCUCAACCAUGAGUAUCUCUCGACAUUUUGUAAGCCGCAAGUUAUGAUACCCGAAGACACUGAAGAUGCCCAAACAAUUAGCACUGAGAAAGCCCAUUCUUAUAGUGAGGGCCAGAAUAAUACAAUAGGAGUGGUUCUUCCAUUUGAACCGCAUUCCAUCACCUUUGAUGAAGUUAUGUACUCUGUCGACAUGCCUCAGGAAAUGAAGGAUCAGGGUGCCACUGAAGAUAAAUUGGUACUUCUUAAGGGUGUAAGUGGAGCUUUCAGGCCCGGUGUUUUGACAGCUUUGAUGGGAGUUAGUGGAGCUGGAAAAACAACAUUGAUGGAUGUAUUGGCUGGAAGAAAAACAAGAGGAUAUAUUGAAGGUGACAUCAGGAUUUCGGGCUAUCCUAAGAAGCAGAACACAUUUGCACGUAUAUCUGGAUACUGUGAGCAGAAUGACAUCCAUUCACCUUAUGUUACAGUUUAUGAGUCAUUAGUAUACUCAGCUUGGUUGCGUUUACCUCAUGAUGUUGACAAAAGGAUCAGAAAGAUUUUUAUUGAGGAAGUCAUAGAUUUUGUGGAGCUUGGACCACUAAGAUCAGCCUUAGUUGGUUUGCCAGGGGUUAACGGUCUCUCAACUGAGCAACGCAAAAGGUUGACCAUUGCAGUAGAGCUAGUGGCUAACCCCUCUAUCAUUUUCAUGGAUGAACCAACCUCAGGAUUAGAUGCAAGGGCUGCUGCAAUUGUUAUGAGAACUGUUAGAAACACUGUUGACACAGGAAGAACCGUUGUUUGUACCAUCCAUCAGCCUAGUAUCGACAUUUUUGAAGCCUUUGAUGAGCUCUUUCUAAUGAAACGACGAGGACAAAUGAUAUAUGUUGGUCCAUUGGGUCGCCAUUCUUGCCAUUUGAUCAAAUACUUUGAGUCAAUGCCUGGGGUAACUAAAAUAAAAGAUGGCUACAAUCCAGCUACUUGGAUGUUAGACGUGACAACCUCGGCUCAGGAGAUGAUGUUAGGGGUUGAUUUUGCUGAUUUAUACGAACAAUCAGACCUUUACAGAAGGAACAAAGCAUUGAUUAGCGAGCUCAGCAUACCUCGUACUGGUUCACAAGACCUUCAUUUCAAUAGUCAAUAUUCGCAGCCAUUCUGGACCCAAUGUACAGCUUGUGUUUGGAGGCAACACUGGUCAUACUGGCAUAAUACAGCUUAUACUGCAGUUAGAUUUCUCUUCACAACCUUCAUUCCCUUGGUUUUUGGGACAAUUUUCUGGGAUCUUGGUACUAAAGUGGGUAAGAGCCAAGAUCUGUUUAACGCUAUGGGAUCCAUGUAUGCUGCUGUUAUCUUCCUUGGCAUACAUAAUUCAGCAGAAGUACAGUCUGUUGUAGCCGUCGAACGUACAGUAUUCUAUAGAGAAGCUGCUGGAAUGUAUUCUACGUUACCUUAUGCCUUUGGACUGGUUUUCAUUGAAAUCCCGUAUGUCCUUAUGCAAUCUGUUUCCUAUGGUGUCAUUGUCUAUGCUAUGAUAGGAUUCGAAUGGACAGCUUCCAAGUUCUUUUGGUAUUUGUUCAUCAUGUAUUUCACCCUCUUGUACUUCACCUUCUACGGUAUGAUGACCGUUGCUGUUACCCCAAAUGAAAAUGUUUCUCAAAUUGUCGUCUACUUUUUCCAUAGCGUGUGGAAUCUUUUCUCAGGAUUCAUCAUUCCACGACCACGUAUUCCCAUAUGGUGGAGAUGGUACUACUGGGGUUGCCCCGUGGCCUGGACAUUGUAUGGCUUGCUUGUAUCGCAAUUUGGAGACGUGCAAACUAAACUUAGCGAUGAUGAAACUGUGGAACAAUUCUUGAGACGUUACUUCGGGUUCAAACAUGAGUUUCUUGGAGUAGUUGCAGCUGUGACAGUUGCAUAUGCUGUUGUUUCUGCAUUCACAUUUGCUUUCGGUAUUGAGGUAUUCAACUUCCAGAGAAGAUAGAAGAGUUUACUUGUUGAAGAUCUAAGAGCAGAACUGGAUGUAAGAGAGAUUGAUGAAGUUUAUAUAUUUUUUUGUUUUCUGAAUCUCAUGUGCUUGGGUAAGAAAUAAUAUUAGUUUGUUAAUGUUUUAUGAAAAUAUAGCAGCAAAUUUGUCCCAUGGUUCUCAGAUUCUAAGGAAGGGAGCCUUGGCGUAACUAGUAAAGUUGUCAUAUGAAAAGGAGAUCAUGGAUUCAAGCGAUGGAAACAGACUCUUGCAAAAAUGCCAAGUAAGGCAGUGUACAGUGGACCCUUGUGGUGUAGUCAUUUCUCGGACCUUGCACAUAAUGGGAGCUUUAGGCACCGGACUGCCCUUACUCUCUAGUCCUUAUUUUAUAUUCCCUCCGCUUCAAUUUGUUUAACCUACUGUCCUUUUCAGUCCGUUUCAAAAAGAAUGACCCUUUAACUUUUUAGCAAGUCUUUAAUUCCAACUUUCAUAUG